AUGGCGCUCGAGCAAAAGCUCGUGCGCGCUCUGCAGCCACUCGCGCUAUCGUCUGUGCCCGCGAGCGCCAUCUCGUGCCUCUUUGACACUGGUGGCACUGCCUCUGUACGUGACGACUGGUGCGACCACGUCUCGCUACGGCAGCUGCGCGCUGUGGGCCGAGUGCUCGCUCUGUAUGGACCCCGUCAGGACUCGACGACGGUCACUCGCCUAUCCGACGCUACCGAUGCGCCAGUGGUGCGUCUAUGGCAAUUGUUUACGUCAUCAGAAGCUCCGGAUGUAGGCGUGUCGCAGGUACCGGACGCAGAGAACCACGACGCGGUCUACCGCUCGCUCUUGACGCUACUUCAGUCGAUUCUCAAUGUGCGUGACGUGUACGCGUCACUGAACGACGCGGAGAAGCGCCACGUGCUUGCGAGAGCGCUCGUUGCGGGCAGAAUAUACUUGGCGUGGCUCCGGCUGCCGGGUGGCGCAGCGUACGGUCUUUUCAUGUCGUACGUCUACCGCCAAGUGCUGGACACAUUGAAGAAAUGGAUCGUACUUGUUGCUGCAGGGAAAGAUCGAGGGGCAACACCGAGUGUAGCAGUAACGAUUCGUGCAACAAGACGACGAGGGGGGCGACGAGGUGGAGGAAGGACCGAGCAGCACAUGGACGAAGAAGGAGAAAAAAGUGAUGAUGACGAAGAGGAUAAUGGUAAUAGUUUUGUGACAUCAGAGAUGCUCACGGCGUGUGGAUUGGAGUUACUGGAUACGUUUGUGACGUUCCUGAGCAGUUUCUCGCUAUCAUCCAGUGAAGAGUCGAUUGCCCCGACGAUCGAGACAGCGAUUGCGCUGCAGACGGCUGUGCAGCCGGAGAAUGAAGGCACGGCGUUGGCAAUCACGAAGAAAACAGUGCAAAUGAUGGAAGCACUAGUGAGUGGAACGCAUGGUGAGCCAGUGGAGAUUGGAAAAGCUGUGCUGCAUUUUUACAUUCCUGGCUUGACGUUCCAAGACACUGUGGCAAAGGAAACGAGAUCGUCGUUGCGUUUUCACAAGCUGUCGAUCGAUGUGAUCUCUCGGAUCCAGCGCAUCGUAACGGAAGACGGCACUGAAGAUAGUGCAGAUGAUACUGCAUGCCAGCAAAACUCGUUGUUGUUGCUGGGUUUACUGCAAAACAUUUGUUUGCAGGCACCAGGUCUGGCGGAUGAACGGCAACGUGUCCUCUCGUACAUUUACUCGACUGCCAUGGCUGGACGACGGGAAAGCGAACGAGAAGAGCAGGAAAAACCGAGCGAGUUCCGGGACGAAGAGUCUGCAAGAUUUGUGCGAUUCCUGGCAAGUUAUUCUCGCAACGCGAAGCUAAAGUAUCGCCAGUUUGCGGUAGAGCUGCUCAGCCGCCUUAUCGUGGAAGCUGAGUUUUGGGAUAUGAAGGAGAGCGAAUUGCCCGAAACACUGAUUGCGUAUUCGGGCGUAGGUCCGCUUCUGGAGGUACUCAUCGAUCGGGCUCAAGACAAGAUGUCCCAAGUUCGCACGAAGGCGAUUGCUGGAAUUUCGGCCAUGCUUACACUCGGUUUGUCAAACUUGGCUGGUGGUGACGAUGAAGACACUGAUGAGCUGAUGGACGACGGUAGCAGAUCAAAAGCCAUUGCAAGCUCGCUACAAGAGUUGUUAUAUGAGUCAUUGGUUGAUACUGACGGAAAAAUGACGCUCGUAGAAACUCCACUGAUGCAGCGACUCGUUGACCUUUUCCGCGAGCGGCUGGCGGAUGACAAGACUUACGUGCGCAGAGCUGCGGUGCACGCUUUGGAAGCACUUGUGACUGCACAAUCAGGCGAUGUCAUACGUGGUUCUGCGAGGAGAGACCUGUUUGAUAUCCAUGCGCGGUGUACAGACUCUUCGGUUGUGGUUCGCGUGCAGUCAAUCAAGUCGUUGUCAGCGAUCUUACUCAAAUUCCCGUGCGAUGAGGAAGCUCAGAAACUGUGGAACCUUGGGGUACUUCCACUUUGUGUUGAUCCCGAGAUGAGUGUGCAGACUUGUGCACUGGAAGCAACUGGAAAAGUUGUGUUUGAGCGAAUUCUGACGUGGUUCGACGUGCGCCGCAACAAGUCCCAGCGAGAAGCUUGCGACAGCGCCUGGAUGCAGAUGUCGCACCUCGACGGUGUCAUGGCUCGCUGCUUGCAGAAGGCGAUGCGUAUGCUCAUCAAGAACGACAAAAUUGAUGUCGAAAAAGUCGUCAAGGCGUGCGUGUUUGCAAUCAAAGAGAGCGUAAGUCAGUAUCGCUCUGGCGACGCGAUGCAAGAGGAAGUGGGGGAUGACACUACUCGUCAAACGGUGACUCGGUAUUGGGGUUUCAGCUGGAUUGUGCUGGAAGAGCUGGCGCUCUCGAACAAACUUGUUGAAGCUGUGAGAGGAAAACAACAGAACUUGAGCAUCGUCGUCGAGUGCUGGAACAAACUUCAAGACCAGGCACUGCCGGUGGAAUUUAACGAUGGGUCGAAGCGCAUUUUGCGCGUGAUUGCUGCGAUUGCAACUGUCAUCGAUGCACAAGAUGCCAAGUCGAUUGCAGACGGCAUAUUGGCAUCCUUGUACUCGUUUGCCAUUCCACUGAAUGUCAUUGCCGAUGGAAUCCUUGCCUUGAACAGCAUCUGCAGAGCCAAAGCCUCGACGUCUGAAAAGAGCCGCGAGAUUAGCUUUGCGUGGGGGAAGAAACUGCUUGACUUGUGCGAAGCUAACCUUCGCAAAUGUUUUAAAAGCAGCCCAGAUAGCGUAGAGGAUGAAACAUCGCUGUUGCAGAAGCAAUUGAUUUCAAUUGGUGACGUCGCACUGCUUGAGUUCGACAAGGACGCCGACAAGAGCAGCGAGGCUGCACUCUUACCGGUUACUUCGAGUCUGAAGUCCCUUGUGCAGCUCUUUUUGCCACCAAAGUUUGUCGUCGACAGCGUCGCCAUCAACCGGUCCAUGUCACUAUGCACAGUGCAAAGUGAUGGAAGUGAAACGACGGCCGUGUCGGAUUCCAUCCCGCUGCCGACUCCUGUUCGUGUUUGUGCCUUCGUGACACUUGGCAAGCUGUGCUUGCGUGACAGCGACCUAGCCAAGAAGUGCAUGACUAUGUUCAUUCGUGAGCUGCGAACUUGCGAGGAGCAGGACAUUCGGUCGAACAUUCUGCUGAUUUUAGGCGAUCUUUGCAUUCGCUACACGUCCCUCGUUGACGCGUACGUUCCGACUAUCGCCUUGUCACUUCUGGACAAGAGCCGCUUGUUGCGCCGCGGUGCAUUGUUGCUGUUCUCCCAGCUGAUCCUGCAGGACUACAUAAAGUGGCGCGAGUCGCUGCUGCGCUUUUUCCUUCGCGCGGCAGUAGACGAAGACGAAGAGCUGGCCAAUCUGGCUCGCCACGUACUGUGUGGCCCUUUGCUGCAAAAGUCGCCGCACCUUUUUACAAGCAAGUUCAUUGAAAUAAUCUUUGUCUUCAACGGGGUCCAGUGUGGCAAAAUUAAGUUCACAGAGCCUUUCGAGGAGGAGGGUGCGCGCGAACUCGCGCUGCUGGGAAAUGCAUGCUACCCACGACGGGCGAAGCUGUACACCUUUUUGUUGGAGCACAUGACGGACGAGCAGAAGCUGCAGAUUUCGAUGAAGCUCUGCAAUGAAGUGCUGGAGGAAGUGAUGGAUGGCACACUGCCGUUGUGCGAUAAUCCGUCGCAGAUCACGGAUCAUUGCACAGAAGCAGUCCUCAAGGAUACGUUUGCAAUUCUGUGCUCCCCUGAGAUCAAGCUCACUACCUCGAAGGAGGAAGACGAUGAGCUCGAAGGAGCAGACGCAUCGACUGGUACAACGGCUAGUGUCGCGACACAGAUUGCAGCCGCCAAAGGCAAACUGCUUUCUAAGAUGUCGAAGAAGAACUUCCUCGAAAACGUCGUGCCGGUGCUCAUUGGGCUCAAGCACACACUAGAGGCGAAGCACAGUCCUUUGACUCGCUACUUGCUGCACUAUAUUCGCGAACUGUUCAAGAUGUACCGCCAGGAGGUGAAAGACAUUUUCAUGAGCACGGACCCGCAGAUGGCAGUGGAAGUAGAGUAUGACCUGCGGCAACACGAUUUGCAGCGGCAGCAGCAGCAGACUCAACAGUCGCGGCGCAUGACCUACGCGCCGGGUGGCGCCCAGACAGCGCCGAUGUCCCCGCAAGCUUCGACGACUUGUGCCCCUCAGUCACCGCAGGAUGAAUUGUUCGAGGUUUGUCACACACCUGUGCGUCUACGCAAUGACGAGAAAAGCAAGCCUGCUGAUCGACGACGGCAAGGUCUGAGUCCGACAUCCACGCCAACUCCUCUUCACAAUGGCAAACUCGAGUCGCGAGAGAUGUCCGAUGAUGGAGAUCAUCGACAGGCACUGCGAUCCUCGACGUCGGUGUCUUCUUCCAGCAAAGGCCAUUCGGCGAACGAGAAGCGUCGCGCGGCUGCAAAGCCGUCUAUGGCAGAUGAACCGCAAGAAAGCUCCACGCAGGACGAUCUGGACGACCGCAGGAACGAAGACGUUGCUGCAGGUGACAUCGAUGAAGACGUGGUUGCGAAUGUGACCACAUCGAGACGCAGGACGAAGGCAAAGUCGAGAGCUAAGGCAGAUACCGCCAACAAGCGUUCAACUGAGACUACUGGCAGCACAACGAUUGCCGAAGACGACGCGGAUCCCCAAGAGCGAGCGAGCGACGAAGACGAGGCAGAAGUCUCAUUUCCACUCAAGAAGAAGGCAAAGAAGAAGAAGAAGAACAAGACGACGACAGGUGGUGCACAACCGGCAGUAACACGUGCUCGACAUAAACGUAAACGCACUUGA